UUCUGUGCCACUCAACUCAACUGCUUGUCCAAAUAUUAACCGCUCCUUCCCUAUCCUUCCCGCUGAUAAGCCUCCUUCACACUCACACCUUUCGCCGGCCGACAUGCAAUCGCCGAUGUCCACCUCUCUCUACCAUGGAACUCGCUCCCUUAUACUAACACCGAGACCAAGUCAGCGGUACUUGUUGGGGAGCAGCUUCCGGCGGCGACUCCAACUCCGGUCAAGCAGCGGCAGGCCACUUCGGAUUCGGGCCGCUGCCAACGAUGUGGGCACUCCGCCGGCGGAGCAAGACAAAGAAGAAAUUACAAAACCCAAUGAAGAAGAACCGAAUUCAGCAUCCCUUCCGGUGGUGGACGGCAAAGACCUGAAAAGGGUCGUGCAGAAGACGGCGGCGACAUUCGCUCCCAGGGCGUCGACUGCUAGCAAGAAUCCGGCGGUGCCGGGGAGCACACUGUACAGCGUGUUCGAGGUUCAAGCGUAUUUGUCGAUGGUGUUUGGCGGUGCUUUGUCUUUCAAUCUCAUCUUCCCUUCCGACGAGCCCGAUUUGUGGAGAUUGAUGGGGAUGUGGUCCAUUUGGAUGUUCACAAUUCCUUCGUUGAGAGCUCGAGAUUGCUCGAAGAAGGAGAAAGAGGCUCUGAAUUACCUGUUCCUGCUGGUGCCUUUGAUGAAUGUGGCCAUCCCUUUCUUCUGGAAGUCGUUCGCCGUUGUCUGGUCCGCUGAUAUUGUGGCUUUCUUCGCCAUGUACGCUUGGAAGUUGGGAUGGCUACAGAGCAGAGAAUGAGAGGGCAAAAACAUUGAUGAGCUCUGUGAAAGGAAAAGAGGCAGGCAGACAUUGCAAGCAUGCACAAUACACAUACUACUAGCACGCAUCAUUCGACGCGGAUCGAAGAAGUAGUGUUGGCCAGCAGCAGAAAAAGCAAGAAGAGACUGCAAAUGGUUUUCUCAGCAAUGCUAAACAAGUACAUACAGCUAGCUCAUCAUCGCGAUUGAUCUAUAUGUAAUAGGAGGAGCUGUGCCUGUGGGUGGUAGAGAAUAUAGAAGGGUAGUGGAGGUGUACAUUUUUGCCAGCUUUUCUGUGUAUGAAGCUGUUCGUUUGGAACCAUGAAUUGAUAUCUUUGAGAGAGGGCCAAAGAUUGAAUGGCGAGUACAAAAUCAAAUUGGAAGGGCAGUUCGAUACGAGUUCGCGUUCGAAUAAGAACAGACUACUCAUCUGCAAAUGCAGCAGUUGGGAGGAUCAGUACAACUUGCCAUCAAUGUACCUGAUAAUAUCAAUUGGCUAGGUGCUGGAUUGUGAACACGAACGAGAACAAACCCAACAUAAAUUUCCAUUCUCUGCGGAUACAAUUGCCGCAAUGAAAUGAACUAAAUGGACCAGGAUAGGAGGACCUUUGCUAUUUAAGUUGGGAAUCAGAUUCCAUUUUACAAGAACAAUGCAUAGGACUGGUGCUUUCAAGGUCUUCUGUAAUGGUUUCAGCUACCAAGUCUUGCUCUAAACUAAGCAUUUCUACGGCAGGGAAAAUGCAACUCAGCAGACAAAUAACUCGGGAUCAAAACCUCGAACCUAUAAGCGAACUCAUGAUAACUCGUCAUUAAUCAGCAUCGUCGUCACUGUCCUCAAAUUCAGAACCCGAGUCAUCACUCCUUGCAUCCAUCAAACUAUUCAUGUCAAAACUCGGCAUUUCCAUCUCUUCCAUCCCAAUAGUAUCAUACUCCAUCCGCUGCUCAAACUUCUCGUCGCUACAAUUCAGAAGCCACGAAAGCGAGCACUUCAAACCCUUGCUUGCAACCCUCUUAUGCCUCGGCUUCACUGUGGAUUCGAGACCGUAGGUGAAAAAUGCUGGGAAAGCAACCAGAUCAUCCAAAGGCCUCCCCAUCUCAUUCUGGAAGAAAUCAAAUCCAAGUUUCAUAAUGUCAAUAUUCAGAGCAAGCAACUGAGGACAACCCACAACCAUUGCCCCUACUUGUUCCUGCUCAAACCCACAAUUUUUGAGGAAAUCCACAUGCUUCAGAAUAGCUUGCCUACUAAUGCUGGCAACCUGAGGCAUCCUCUCAAUGACCCUCCCGAAAUCCUCGGAUUUCAACCCAGAAACCGAGCUCAGCAGGGUCAGCUGUUCAUGGAGCUUGGCCUUUAGGUUAAGUCCCAUGAUCUCGGGAUAUUGGGCUACCACCGAAGCAACUGAUUCACUUCUUACAUUGAACUCCAAAAGGGUUUCCACAUUUGGCUUAAUCUGGUCAGCCAACCCAAACCCUAGAAUGUGAGGUCGUUUCUCUAUCAAUCUAGCAACAGCUAGUCUUGGAAUCCCCAAGCUCUCGAGGUACUCGACGAAAGGCUUGAUGACUCGGCCAACUCUCAUCCCUAGAAUCUCAGGGUAUCUAGUUAAAACCCCUCCAAUCUCCCUCCUCGCCACACCAAUCCCCACCAGAUAAGCCACAGAUGUGCUCAUCGUGCCUUCAAGCUUGAAACCCAGAACUUCAGGGUACUUCUCGAGAACCCUAGGGACGUCAUUCGGCUUGAUAUCCAUACCUUGCAAGUACUUCACCACGGGAGCGAGGUCCACGACAACACUGGAAUGCAGAACCUGCGGGUACCUUCUCAGGAAAUUUGUGAUGGCGGAUUUCCUGACCCCCAAUUUGCCGAGAUAGUCCAGCACAGGGAUCAUGUUCUUCUUAACGCUGCAGCCAAGCACGAGCGGGUAGUUGUUGAUGUCUUCAAUGGUUAGCCCCAAUUGGUGGAGGAAAUCCACGCGCUCCUUCAUGACAUCGGCAGUGACCGGGAGUUCGAGCCCGUCGAGCUCGUCGGGGACGACACCGACUCCUCGCAGGAACUCGUAAACCCUAGCUCGAUUCGCUACUUUGUCGUCCUUCAUCUCGAACAAACUAGGGCGGGCGUAGAGAGACGACUUGGACUUGGACUUGGGCUUGUUUCCGUGAUUCUUACCUCGAGUUGCCGUCUUCGACGGAGACGGAUUCUCGGAGGUUGAGGCCGAAGCUCUGUCGGCGGCGACAGCAUAGUGAGGACCGGCGAUGGAUGCAAUCGUCGUGGACUUGGAACUCAACUGGAGACUGCGGUACAGAGAAACGGGGAAUUGUGGAUGUAAGAACGACGAGCCGGGAAUGUGGAUUCCGGCGUGGCUGCCGAUUCUCAUCACCGGAUUGAAAUUACCGACGACCUGCAUAGUGUUUAUGAGAGAUAGGCAGCUGUUUCCUGAUAGCCGGGCAAAUGGGAAAGCAUUUUAGAAGAGAUG